ACACACACACACACACACAGAGGGUUGGGAGGAAAGGGUCGUGCAUGCAUACAGAUAAACAGAAAUAUGUAAAUCUAGUCCCUGGGUGGCCACAGGCGCUUUUCCAGGAAGAGGAAGUGAUGACGCAGGCGGACAGCAAGUGCAAACAGGAUGCCUGCUCUUGUGGCUUCCUGUUGCUUCUUUUUUCCCCUUAAAAUUGGAUUUUCCCAUGAAGAUCUGUGAACACCAUGGGAUUGAGUCCGUGGCAGGGAGACUGCGUCUGCUGCUCUACUGUCCACAGCCCAGUCAGCCUCAGCUUGUGUUUGGUGCAUGCGUUCACUCUAACCCUCACCUUGCGCACUGGGAUGGGUUAAUUACAGAAUUCUAUGAUGAAUCUCUGGUAGUUCCUGUGUUGACAAGUCAUUGUCAUAUACCAUGAAAGUACUUAACCUGACUUCACAAACCUUCAGCUGACCUCACAGAACAAAUCAUUUUGUCAGACACAAUCUGUAACUCCUCCUCUUUUUAAUAUAAACCUACUUUCUCUACCAGUUCAGAUUUAUUUCUAGCUAGGCAAAGCUAUAUAUCGUAUCCCUGUGUGGUUCAGGAGUAUCUUAAGUGUAACUUAAUGUUACGUGUUAUCAAAGGGGUGGAGCGGUGUGUUUGAUGCAGACCUUCCUACACUCCUUGUUGAACAAGAGGCUUUGAGGAAAGAAAAAAAAGUCAGCCACAUUUAGGAUGUGAAGCUAACAGAAGUUCAUGUCACCAUUCUACACAACUGCAGAGGUGCUGAUAUGUGUUGAAGAUGAGCGGUGUGGGAGAGAAUGCUUUGGAGCCAAUGUGCUCAGACCGGAAACGCAAGCUUUCCACAUGUGACACACCAGGCCUUGGGUGUGACAAGAAGAGGAGAGAGCAGGAGAGUAAAUACAUAGAGGAGCUGGCGGAGCUGAUCUCGGCCAAUCUGGGCGACAUCGACAGCAGCUUCAAUGUGAAGCCCGACAAAUGUGCCAUCCUCAAGGAGACCGUCCGUCAGAUCCGCCUCAUCAAAGAACAGGGAAAGAGCUCGUGUGGGGAUGACGACGUUCAGAAGUCGGAUAUAUCAUCCACGGGGCAGGGCGUCAUCGAUAAGGACCAUCUGGGGCCGCUGCUGUUACAGGCCCUUGACGGCUUCCUGUUUGUGGUGAACCGCGAGGGCAACAUCGUGUUUGUGUCAGACAAUGUGACACAGUACCUGCAGUACAAGCAGGAGGAGCUGAUCAACACCAGCGUCUACCACAUCCUGCACGAGGAUGACCGGCAGGAGCUGCACAAGAACCUGCCCAAGGGCAACGGUCCCAGCGGUCCGUCGUGGGGCCCGGGGGACGCCUCGCGGCAGAAGAGCCACACGUUUAACUGCCGCAUGCUGGUGAAGUUUGGCCAGGGCUCGCAUGAGGAGGGCGCAGGAGGCCAGCGCUACGAGACCAUGCAGUGCUUCGCCCUCACACAGCCCCGAGCCAUGAUGGAAGAGGGGGAAGACCUGCAGUCGUGUAUGAUCUGCGUUGCUCGCCGCGUCGCCGCUGUGGAGUGGACUGAGCGGUUCAGUACUCGUCAUGAGCUGUCAGGUAAACUGAUAGAGAUUGUGGACCAGGCUUCCCUCCACAGCACCAUGCGUCCUGGCUGGGAGGACCUGGUGCGGCGCUGCAUGCAGAUGUUUCUCCACCGCAGCGAGGGCCAGCCCUGGUCCUACAAGCGUCAUUACCAGGAGGCCUUCCUCCAUGGCAGGGCUGAGACGACCCCGUACCACUUCUCCCUCUCUGACGGCACACCCGUCACCGCUCAGACCAGGAGCGAACUGUGCCGUAACCAUGGCACCAAUGAGCAACCCACCUUCCUGUCUACACACCUGUUGCAGAGGGAGCAGAACGGGUAUCGGCCCAACCAGGGAGGUGUAAUGAGGCCCCAAGGCAUGGGGAAUGCCCACCCAAAUGCCCAAAUGAAUAUGAUGCCCAAUGGAUCGAUGGGUAUGGGUCCUCACAGGGGCUAUGGGAUGAACGAGCAGAGGCACGUGGGACCCAGAGGUGGACCCGUGUACAGUGGGGGAAACCGUGGGAAUCACAUGAACCAGAUGAAUCAAAUGAACCAGAUGAAUUCAAUGGGUCAUGGGAACCAGAUGAAUCCAAUGAACCAGAUGAACCAGAUGAACUCGAUGAAUCAGAUGAACCACAUGAAUUCAAUGAAUCAAAUGAAUCAGAUGAAUCAAAUGAACCAGAUGGGACAGAUGAACCCCAUGAGUCAGAUGAAUUCAGGGAGUCAGAUGAAUCACCACCCCGGCAUGCAGCCCCCGUUCCAUGGUGGCAAUUAUGGGAUGGGCAUGACGAGCCCCUUGCAUGGCAGUCCUGGCAUGAAUACACCACAGCAGAACAUAAUCGGCUCCCCACGGGUCAGGGGUAGUCCCAAAAUGGGUGCCAGUCCUUUCUCACCUGGAGGGCUGCACUCCCCUAUGGGCUCAGUCAGUGGCGGCUCAGGUGGAGGCUCAGGAGGCGGCAGCUUCUCCAGCAGCUCUCUCAACGCCCUGCAGGCCAUCAGCGAGGGCGUGGGCUCCUCCCUGCCCUCCACGCUGUCCUCCCCGGCCCUCAAGCCCGACUCCUCCCCCAGCGUCAACCCCAGCCAGCAGCACAGCCAGGCCCACUCUCAGAACCCCAACCAGAACCUGAGCCAGAACGGGCCUUGUAAGCCGGCUCCACACUCUGAUUCCAAGAGCCCGGCUGCUGCCUUACACUGCGGCAAUGCGGCUGACCAGCCGGGGCAUCAGCACACUUCGCCACCAGAGGGCACCGUGAAGGCCGAAGGUCAUCAGUCCUGCAAAGAGAGCGGUGGUGGUGGCGGACCAGAGCCCAACCGCAGGGUCCCCGACAACAAGAACCACAAGAAGCUCCUCCAGCUCCUCACCUCCCCAGCUGAUGACCUGAGUUUGGGAGCAGCAGGAGGAGCAGGAGGAGGAGGAGGUGGUGGAGGGAUGGGUGGUCCUGGAGGUCCUGGAGGUCCUGGAAGCGCUGCCCCAUCUCAGUCCGGCCGAGCUUCCACACCUAUGGGCAUGGAUGCUAAGGAGCAGGUGGGCAUGACCAGCCCAACCUCGACAGGCGUCUCCUCGACGUCGUCGUCUUCCUCUGCCGGCAACAUGCAGUGUCCCCACCAGGGCUCCGGGGGCGUCUCGUCUACGGGGGGGCUGGGCGGUCUGGGCCACCACUCGACCCACUCCCUGCAGGAGAAGCACCGGAUCCUCCACAAGCUGCUGCAGAACGGGAACACCCCGGAUGAGGUGGCCCGCAUCACCGCCGAGGCCACGGGCAAAGUCCCCCUGGGCCAGGAGGCGGCGGCGGCGGCAGCAGCAGCAGCGGCGGCAGCCGAGGCCCAAAGAGGAGGAGGGGCGUCCGCAGGGGGGGAGGUGAAGCAGGAGCAGCACAGCCCCAAGAAGGAGAAGACUCACGCGCUCCUCCACUACCUCCUCAACAAAGACGACUCCAAAGAUCCGCUGGGGGCCACAGACAGCAAGCCCAAACUCGAGGAGCUGGAGGGUGGGGGAGGUUCAGGCCCAGGAGCUGGGAUCUCCUCCACCAACACCACUGGCAUGGAGGGCAAAGUCAAGGUGGAGCAACCAGAUGAGCUGGACAGCCUGGAGUCUAUCCUUGGAGGCUUCCGCAACUCUGCUGGAGGGAUGUUCAGGGAUCAUGGCAACGCAGGAGGAGCAGAGGGAACCAACAAGCAGGGCAACGGACCUAACAACAGUGCCCAUGACAGGGACCGUGUGUGUGGGGUCCCAGGGCAGCGGACGCCCUUCCAGAGGGCGAUGUCUGUGGACAGCAAGCCCCCAGUUGGCAUUGGGGGAACAGGCCGCAGGAGCGCCCCCUGUCCUGGCCUGAUCAAACAGGAGAGUGCAGACAGUGCACUGAGCAUGGGUGGCAUGAACAGGGGCAUGGGAAUGCCCCAGCAGCCGCCCAACAUGAUGGGCCCAGGUGACUGGGGCAUGUCUAGGUCAAGUGCCAGUCCCAUCGGCCCAGCUGGGCACCCAGGCAUGGGGCACAACCCUAAAGGGAUGAUGGGAGGACCCAUGGUGAACAGGUCCAACAGCCUACCAGCCACCCGCUCCAUGCUACAGCAGCAGCUCAUGGAUAUGGGUCCCAGUGAUGUACACAUGGGUAUGAAUGCCUACAGAGGACAGGGCCCUCCUACCCAGUCGCCCUCCUGGCCUGACAGAGGCAUGGGGAUGGACGGACCACAGAGUAAUCACAGCAGGCAACAGUUUCGUAAUCCUCUGGAUGAGCUGCUAGUGCCCCCGUCCACCAGCGAGGGCCAGAGCGACGAGCGAGCUCUACUGGACCAGCUGGACUCGCUGCUUAACAACGCUGACGUCAUCGCACUCGAGGAGAUCGACCGCGCACUAGGCAUCCCUGACCUGGUCAGCCAGGGCACAGAGCGGCAGCAGCAGCGGCAGCAGCUGCAGCAACAGCUGCAGCAGCAGCGGCGGCAGGCCCAUCCCUCCGAGCCCUUCUCAGGCCCAGACCCCCCUAUGGGGAUGGACGCCAAGCCCAUUUACAGCCAGGGCUACCCAGGACCUCCGUCCGCUAUGGGGGGCAUGCAGGGUGGCUACGGGCCUGGCGGCGGCGGCGGUGGCAGUGGUCCCAUACCGGGUCAGUCUGGUGCGGGCUUCAACCCCAUGAUGAACCAGGUCGGCCAGCAGGGCGGGUUCCCCGGGAUGGGCCCUAUGGGAGCCAUGGCAGGUCACCCGCGGGCCGGCAUGAUGCACCCCCGCAUGAUGAGCGCCACCAAGCCCCUCCGCAUGCAGCUGCAGCAGAGGCUACAAGGAGUGCAGUUCAUGAACCAGAGCAGACAGGCCAUGGCCAUGAAGAUGGAAGGCCCUGGAGCCAACCCAGCGCUGAGGCCCGGCAUGCAGCCCGGCAUGCAGCCAGGAAUGCAGCCAGGAAUGAGCGCACAGCCUGGCUUCCUGAACGCUCAGAUGUUGGCCCAGCGUAAUCGGGAGAUGGUCACUCUCCAGAUGCGCAGGCAGAGGAUGCUGAUGCUCAUGCAACAGCAGCAACAGCAGCAGCAGCAGCAGCAGCAGGGAGGACCGGCCGCAGGCUUCAGCCCCCCGCCCAACGUUACCGCACCUGCCGGCAUGGACAACCCCAUGGCCGGGCCUCCCAUGAGCCAACCAGGCCAGCAGCCCUUCCCCUACGGAGGGAACUAUGGUAUGAGCCAGCAGGGCGAUCCCUCAUUUGUGGGGACUGGUGGCAGCCCUACGAACAGUAUGAUGUCAGCACGUAUGGCCGGACCUCAGAAUCCCAUGAUGCAACAGCACCCACAAGGCGGUCCCAUGUACCAGUCAGCUGACAUGAAGGGCUGGGGACAGGGAGGCAUGCCCAUGAACAACUCAUACCCUCAACAGCAGCAGUUCCAGCAGACCGACACCGGGGGGCAGUAUGGAGGCAUGAUGAUGAAUGGAGCCAUGCAGGGCCAGGCCACCGGUGCAGGCGGCCCGCCGCAGAUGGGCCAAAUGCAGGGGCAGAUGCCAGGGCAGAUGCCAGGGCAGAUGCCAGGGCAGAUGGGGAUGAGCUCGAUGGGCAUGGGCCGUAUGCCAAUGGGCCCUGAGCAGAAAUACUGCUGAAGUUGUGAUGGCCACCAACAGGGCAUCCCACCCCCGCCCCAUGCCAGGCCUGUGGAGAGUGCAGUGCCCAUCCCUCAUAAGGGCCUGUUGCCUCCAAGCGUCCAAGCUCUGGGUCUGUUUCAUGACCAGCGGUUGCAAGGGAAGCAUUUGCAAUCCUUUCUUUCACAGUUCUAUGUGAGAAACAGUACCAUGAACACACACACACACCUGUGUGCAUUUGCUUCACUCAUGGGAAGCAGUGUUACCCCAUUCGGAAGACUGCUGGAGUGCGAUGCACCACAAAGCUGACGGAUUGGCAUGCAGUAUUCGGCAAACUGACAGUGGGGUGGUGGUCAACCUUCACUCUGGACGUGUCCUUGGGUCAUGGGUCAUGGGUCAUGGUACAACUGGCUGUGGUUGCACUUUAUCGGACAUUUACCGCCAGGCUGGUUUGUAAAAGAAUUGUUGCAAUAUUUCUUAGUCCUUGUUUUCUUUCCUAGCCUUACAGGAGGAUUUGGUGUGUAGUGCCAGGUUUUUAGGACAUUCAGCUCUCUCUCUCUCUCCUCUCUCUCUCUCUCUCUCUCUCUCCCUCUUUCACUAUCUCUCUCUCUCUCUCUGUCGAGCCUCAUCUUAAAUUAACCAUUGGGAUCUGUAAGCACAGGUUAUUCAAUAUUAUGCAGAUGCAAGCAAUAAAAAUCCUGUCUUAGAAUGAAACUGUAAGCAAAGCAUCAUGGACUCAAGGCAGAAAGGUACUGCAGUAUUAUACAUCCAAUGUUUGUCAUAUCUCUCCUCCUAAGUUACAAGCAAGCUACAAAUGUAUCAUACACAAUGUUAUUUUUUUUUCUUUCAUUUUUGCACAGAUAAUAGGGCUUUGUAAACCCCCCCUCUGUUAAUCUUAGGUCAAUGCUGUUUUGGGGUUUUGGAUUUAUUUUCAUUCUUACUUGGCGGAGAGAGAGUGGGAUGGAUUCAAAUGCUGUCUUUUCCCAGUAUAUCCUCAUUUUCAGUGUGGUCACAGCCAUGUUUUUUUUUUUUUUUUUUUUUUUUUCUCCUUUUAGAAAAGGCACUUUUCUUUUAUGUACAUUUAAGUGUGUCCUCUCUUCUUAGGCUGAUGAUGGCUAUAUGAUGAGCUAGUGCUGAGGACAUUUUUUAAGGUGGGGACGUAAUAGAGGCCAAUAUCCCACUAUAUGAACGCUUCGUAGCAAACAUGUGUGGGUGUGUAUACAAGUUUGGGUGUUGGUGUGUCUACAUAACUCUAUGCCUGUGCGUGCGUGCGUGCGUGCGUGCGUGCGUGUGCGUGCGUGUGUGUGUGUGUGUGUGUGUGGGUGUACAUGGUGCUGCAGGUUUGUAUAGCCUUUGGGGCAAUACCCAAGCUUUGAGUUCUUUGCCUGUUUUCAUGGCUCGUGACUCUAAUAAACUUUGUACCUGUCUGGGGAAGUAAUCCCCCCCCCCCUCCUUCUUCCUAGUCCUCACAGGAACACCACAGUGCUAGAGACGGACACGAGGCUGGACGCACAGUCUUUGUCCGUCUGUCUGUCUGUCGUCUACAGUUCAGAGCCACUUAUUUGUUUGGGGGUUCCUCAACUGGGAAGUUUGUUUGUUUGUUUGUUUGUUUUUCCUUCAGUUACUGUACCAGUAUGGAAGACUACCCGUAUAAGCUGAAACAAUAUGAGAUUCUCUCUUUCUCUCACACUCACCCUCAUCCUCAUCAUUCUAAUUAGUUCUUACUGAUGAUGAAAUAUAGCUAUAUACUAUUUUUUAUUUUUUUUAAUUUUUGGCUGAUGAGUCUUUGUAAGAAUCUACCUGCAAGAAAACCAUGCGCAAUCCAAAGAUAUUUUUUCAGUGCUUUGAAAAUGUUUGACAUUGACUGUAAUUUGUAUCUAGGUGCUUGUGUGCGCACGAGUGUUAGGGUACAUAUCUGAUGAAUAUAUUGCUUUCAUUUUAUGAUUUUGUACCAUUUAUGGUUUGCAUAUUCUUGUAACUGUGUGGCCAGUGGCUCAACUAUGAGCAGAGUGUGGUUGCAAUGGGACAUCUUACAAAGGUUUUUACCAUUUUAAAAGCUCAGUUGAGUGUGAGGAGAACAGAAUGGGAGGGGGGGACUCUUAAAACAUAUCAGUUAUUUACUCAGAUCUUUUGUGGUUUUCUUCUUUCAGGAAACAUUUUUUUUUUGUCUAUCUUAAUGGCUUGAAUGACUAUGAUGAAGUAUAUUUUACAAUGAGGAAUCCGGAUCCCACACACACACACUUUCUCUACAGUUUUUACCGUCAUUCUGGAAAGAAGGUGUUCUUUAACUUAAGUAGAACAAUGAGAAAAUAUGCCGUCAUUUUACAUGACCUGAAUUACAAUGCCCUUUUUUUCUGUCUCUUGAUGUUCAUAUUGAUGUAAAUACAAAUUUCUAUUUAAGCGUG